AUGAAUAAGGUUAUUGAGAGAGCUAGACAAUAUAAUAUAAGAUUUAAUGUAACAAAAUUACAAUAUAGUCAGAAAGAAGUAAAAUUUAUGGGUUUGAUAUUUAAUGAAAAAGGUAUGAGUCCUGAUGAAGAAAGAAUAAAAGUGAUAAAACAACUACAGAUUCCGCAUAAUAAAAAAGAAUUGCAACAAAUUUUAGGAGUUGUAAACUUUCUAAGGCAAUUUUUACCUAAUUUGUCGGAAAUAAUAGGGCCAAUGAGGGAAUUAUUGAAAAAAGAGGCAUUGUGGAAUUGGACAGAGGAACACUCAAAGUCAUUGGAGAAAGUAAAAGGUUUGAUUAGUGAAAAAUCCUUGUUAGUACAUUUUGAUGCCAAACAACCAGUGCAAAUACAGUGUGACGCUUCUAAAAAUGCCAUUGCUUGUUGUUUGUUACAAUCGAAUAAACCUGUGUGGUUUGCAUCCAGAUCAUUGACUGAAACGGAGCAAUUGUAUGCAAUAAUUGAGAAAGAACUCUUGGCAGUGACAUUUGCAGUUAAAAAAUUUCAUUAUUAUAUUUAUGGUCACCAUGAGGUAAAGAUUUACACAGAUCAUCAACGAUUGGUAUCAAUAGUAAGAAAAAAUUUAGAUAAAGUUGAGAAUAAUAGACUGAAACGGUUAAAAUUAAAGUUAAUGAAUUAUAGAUAUACAUUAGAAUACUUACCUGGUAAAUAUAUGUACAUAGCUGAUUUAUUAACAAGAAAUAUAAUUCAUAAAGAAGAGAAUGAUGAUGCAACAUUAAGAGAUCUGAUACAUACAGUAAGAGUCACUGAAAUAAGGUAUAGUAUAGAUAAACUUGUUGAAUUAAAAAUAGAAACAGAUAGAGAUAGAAUAUUGAGUCGUGUAAAAGAUUAUUAUUUAAAUGGUUGGCCAAAUAAAUUGAAAGAAGUUGGUGAAAUGAAUCAUUAUUAUAAAAUAAGAUCAGACUUAACAGUUGAAGAUGAGUUAGUAUAUUUUGAGAAUAGAGUAAUAAUACCAACAACAUUAAGAGAUAAUAUGCUGAAACAGUUACAUGACAGUCAUCAGGGGGUAUGCAAGACAAAAGAAUUAGCCAAGCAACAUAUUUAUUGGCCAGGUAUAGCAUCUGAUAUUACAAAUUUAGUUCUGGCAUGUGCAAUUUGUAAUAAGUAUACUAGAAGUAAUAAGAGAAAUGUAUUACUAAACCAUGAAAUACCUGAUGUACCGUUUGACAAAGUUGGAGCUGAUAUAGCUAGUUAUGGAGGAAAGGAUUAUCUAAUCAUUGUUGAUUACUAUUCAAAAUGGGUGGAAGUAUGUAAGUUGAAGUGGAAAACAGCACAGGAAAUAAAAAAAAAGUGUACAAAAAUAUUUGCUAGAUUUGGCAUACCUAGUGUGUUUGUAGCGGAUAAUAUGCCAUUUAAUAGUAUACAGUUUAGGGCAUUUGCAAAAGAAUGGGGAAUACAGAUAAUGAAUAGUAGUCCCAACUACCCUGAGAGUAAUGGGUUGGCAGAAAAAUUUGUAGGUAUCAUAAAAAAAAUGUUGAAGAAGUGUGUCGAUACGAAUGAUAAACUUGAAAAUUACCUAUUAAGUUAUAGAAAUACUCCUUUAACGAAUAUUGGUAAAUCACCUGCAAAUCUACUACAGAAUAGAAUUUUAAAAACUAAACUACCCAUAGUAGAUAGGACCAGUGACGGUGCGACUAAACUGAUAAAACAAAGAAUGGUUGAAAACCAAAAAACACAAAAAAUGUAUUUUGAUAGGAAAGGUACGGUAGAGGAAACUGUUUAUAAGGAGGGAGAAAAGGUAUGGAUACAGAAUAAAUUUAAUAAAACUUGGAGUGAGGCGAGAAUAAUAAAAAAAUUAGACUUACCAAGAUGUUACCUAGUGAAAGAUAGUGGUGGUAAAGUAUUAAGAAGAAAUAUAAAGUUUAUUAGAAAAAAGAAAACAUUAAGUUUAGAAUUGGAUGAGGAAGAGAAUAUGGCUGAUAAAGAACAAAUUGUGAGAGAUAAUGAAAGUAAUAGUAAUAUGGUGGUGAGGAGAUCAAAGAGAACAAUUAAAAUACCAGAAAGAUUUGGAUAUUAA